AUGACAGAAUCAUCACAAUCUCACUCCUCAUCCUGCCCUGCUGAUGCCACUGGAGGGAGGCUAUUGCUGCAGCUCCUCCACACAGGUGAGCUGUUGUUAUAUGGACAUCAGCAGAAGUUUUUGCUGAUAUAUUGCAGAAAGGUGAGAUCAAUAUAUAGUAGGCACACCCAACUCCCAAGAGUCUGCGAUCUACUCCUAGUAUAAAAAAACUGGCAGUGAUCAACCCAUUGUCACUGGAGGGGGGAGGAGCAUGCUUCGGUGGAAGUGGGAGAAGAUUGCCCAAAGUUGUUGAGGGAAGGAUUAACCAGAGUUGUUGAGCUUUUUUUGGGGGGGGGUCUUUACCUACACUGCCACUCAAAUGCAUUGUGCUUACUAGUGCUUGCUACUAUGGCAGCAAACAGACCAAACGCCAGGGGCGGGGAGUCAUGACAUUCAUUAUUCAUUAACUCAAUUGACCAGGAGCACCCACGAUUGACAGGGAUCUACCUGUCGAUCGCGGUUGACUGGUUGAACAUGUCUGAUAUAUAGCAUACAGGGCCUAGAAAAUCUUGUCACCAUCCUUAGCUCUUCCCCUUAUGCUUUUUGACCAAGGCUAAGUGAGGAAUUGAAUCCGGAUCCUUAAAUCCAGUUCCGGGAAAUCACUAGAAUACCUCAGAGAACAGCAAAGCAGCUGUUAAUCAAUACUGUUUGAAUCAGCUCCUGCUGAAAUCUCUCUCUACUUAUUGGAGCAUUUGCAGGAGCCAAGGCACACAAAAUUAAAGCACUGUGCAAAUGAUCCUGCUUCAUCCAACUGUUGCACUUCUAGAAAACAAUUUAUAUAAAUAAACUAAAGUGACAGCAGUGCCUUUUGCAAACACAAAAGAAGAGGAAGAUUCACAGAAUAGAGAUGGGAUUGGUAGUCUAUUCCAGGUCAAUCUUUAUCCAUAUGUCCAUUCCUCCUAUUUUCUUUUUGAAAAGAUCCACAUGAAAUUUCAUGUUUAUCACAAACCCACAUUUAAAUAUUUAUAUUUAUCUCAAUGUACAUAUUUCUAAACACAUCUUAUCCUUUAACGUGCAUUUCAGUGCAUUUUGGUUCAUUACUGAGCCAAGAACCGUAACACGAAAUCAAAAGGAUAAUUACAUUCUGCUCCACACAUUUGUCCGGGAGGUCAGAUCAGGUCAGUUUGCAUCGGUAUUCACAGAAAUUGAACUCCUCACGCAUUCCUAGCACCGAGCCACUGCAGUGAGCAUAAAGCUAUCCCAUGCCUUACAGAGGUAUCUAUCCAUCUUCAGGGCCCUUUGCUGGUUGCAAGAAUCAUGUGUGCACCAGGUGCCAAGUGAAAAGUGGGCUAAUGGAUUUCCGCGUGAGGUAAUAGCUAAAAACAUUGUAGUGCACCCAGGACAAUGCAAGUGUGAGCAGAGAGAGAGAGAGAGAGAGAGAGAGAGAAGAGAACAUGAACUGAGGGCCAGUGGGGAGGUUAAGGAGGGAGGACUAAUUAGAGCCCUCUGAGAACUCCCUUCCGCAGCUGGAGAGCUGCAUGCAAGAGAGGGAGGAUGAGUAAUGCCUAAAAAUACAAGUAUUGUGUCAUAGGGUCAAACUAUACAUUACGUUAAAUGUGCAGCUUGGGGCUAUGUGGUUUUUUUCUUCAUUUAAUUACAGCUGCAGGGUGUGGGUGUUUCUCAUCAGGACAGCUGUGCAUAGGGGAAGAAGGUUUAACUGUGAUUUGGGCAUCAGUGGAUUCCCCCCACCCCUAGGCUGCAUAACUGCAAAGAAUGGAAAUUAUGCUUGCGGUACUCUACUCUACAGCAUAUCAUAAAAUAUAAUAAUCAGUUUGUGGGGGGGGGUUAUAAGAAAAAUCAAGUGGUAUAUAAAUGCUAUGAAAUUUAUGUUAUGAAAUAAAAUAAAGCAUAGGACAGUGAUGCCAAAACAGGCAUUUUCCACUAUUGUCCCUGUACUUGUAGCAUGCUCCUCCAUUGGCUAUAUGUGAAGCAGGAACCAUGUGUUGCCCUGAAUUCCUGUUUUUAUGCUUUUAUAUUGCUGGUUUUGUGUUAUUGGGGUUUUUGUUUUGCUUUAAUGAUAUUAUUUAUUGAUUCUAUGUCUUACUUACUUCUCCAAACCUUUAUUAGGCAUUACAAAUAUAGGGGGUAAAGGGGACCCCUGACCGUUAGGUCCAGUCACGAAUGACUCUGGGGUUGCGGCGCUCAUCUCGCUUUAUUGGCCGAGGGAGCUUCCGGGUCAUGUGGCCAGCAUGACUAAGCCGCUUUUGGCGAACAAGAGCAGCGCACGGAAACGCUGUUUACCUUCCUACUGGAGUGGUACCUAUUUAUCUACUUGCACUUUGACGAGCUUUCAAACCGCUAGGUUGGCAGGAGCUGGGAACAAGCAAUGGGAGCUCACCCCAUCGUGGGGAUUCGAACUGCCGACCUUCUGAUCGACAAGCCCUAGGCUCUGUGGUUUAGACCACAACACCACCCACAUCCCAUUACAAAUAUAGGCCAUCAUAAAACAUCCAUAUAUAAAAUCUUAAAAUAGAUACAAAUAAACAGCCAUGUAAAAAUAUGCAAUAAUGAGGAUUUUCAUUGGAGUUUCUUCCCACUAAAUAGUGCCAUUCACCACUCUAAGAGAUACUAUUGAUAAAAACUCAGUCACCCUUGCAGUUACUUCUGGAUUAAUGUCAGACAGAUAGAAUCUGUAUUUUCAUUGUGCCGUGAUAUUAGAGUACCCCAAAAAGGGGAUAGAAUGUGUUUGCAUAGCUGGUUGUACAAUGGACAGAUGAAAAUAAUAUGUUCUUUUCUACUUUACUAGACCUCUUAGAGAUUUGCUCACUAUGCAAUUAAAGUCAUGUCUGCAUUGGCACUGACUCUGGUAUCUCUGAAGCCAAUGGCAACCCCCCCAAAAAAACAACAACGGGAGAAGCAGCUGCAAGCUCAAUAAUCUAGCUUGAUUUAGCUAUCAGGUCUGCUUAGCGUCAGAGUUCUGCUUUUGUUUCUCUUCUUUAAACGUUAGCUACCCUGCUUUCCAUCUAUACUUAAAGAGGAAUAAAAACUGAGGCUAAGCUAUGCCGCUGACUGAACAACAUGGAGGAAAUUUCCAUUUGGAUAGAAAUAUAGAUUAACUUUGUAUUUAAAAAGCAACCAGUCCAACCUGUUUAUUGUAAUUAAACAUUGACCUAAUGAGAAGCAGACAACUUCCUUUCUAUGGGAUAUUGAAAAUGUGGAAGGUAGAGGAGAGUUGAAAGCUAACAUUUUUCACAUAGAAAGGGUAAUGUUGGAAUAUCACAAUCGCCUCUUUCACAGAUUAAUCAUGUGAAAAGGGGGUCCACGUGAGCUGAAGGGGCAACAGGGCCACAUUGCUGACCCCAAGGUUGCAUAGUUCCCCAUCCCCCACGUUCACACAUUAUGCAUGGGUAUCUAUUGGGUAGGCCUGCGUGCCCAGGCACGGAAAGUAUGUGACCCACCAGGGGUCAGUCCAGGGUAAAAAUAAGACAUAGGACAUCAGGAUUGGGUUGAAACAGGCCACAGCUUUAUCGAUUACAGAUGUGAGCUGGUUUUGGCGAAGGCAUUGGGUAUGUAUCAGAUACCAAGCAACCCACCUGCUGCUUGAUCAGUAAGGUGGGUCAACCCUAAGUAGCAGGUUACCCAUCAACAUAUAUCAAGCAGGACAUUCCCAACAGGGCCACCACUUGGGAAGCUGCUAUGGCCCACGGUCCCUAUCUGGAAUUCCAGACAAAGCAAACCUUUCCUGGACCCCUUUAUCAGGGUAACUGAUAUCUAAUGGCUCAACCCAAUGUCAUAGCCGCCAAAAGUGCAUAUAGGCGAUGGGAGAUGGGAUCCAGCUGGUGCUGUGUCAAAACAUGUUCUCUGUUUUCUCAGAGGUUUGCUUCCCCCACCUGUUUCCCCACACUUUAGAAUUCUGGUAGGUGUGGUCUUAUUGUUGCAAAGUGGCCAGUGGUGGUCUGUGUAGUUUUCCCUCUAUGUGUUGGAAAUUUCAUUCCUCCGUGCUGCAGAUGUGUGAUUGUUACAUGUCAUGCAUCUGUGUUUACAUUCCAGAGUGUUGGAUGUCAUGGGAAUGGAAGUUUAGAUAUGCUGUUCCGUUCUGUAUUGCUUUUGCUUUUCCCUUCUCCCCAAGGAAGUAAGAGAGGAGCCAUGUUUUCUUCGCUCUGUUAAGUUUGAUUUUGUACAUAAUAAAUUAGGCUUAGCUGUCGCACUUCAGCUUCUGUUUGGACUGUGUGCUCAUGUCCUUGGAUAUGGGCCACCCCAGCGCACAGGAGUGAUGAAUCAUCCCAGGCGGUGCUGUGUUGGGGGAGAGGCAUCAGCCUCAGUGUUUCCCAACAUUAUGAUACAUUUCUUCAGAGUUCUGGGGCCUCCCCAGCUGCCCAUGCUUCCUGAUAUGAAAAGGGAAGAGAGGUGCUUUGUAAUGUCUGCUCCCAGACUUCAACUGAGGGAAUUCAGAGAGCCUGGUUAUCGUGUGCCUCUGUUUGGUGUCCUCCAGAAGUAGCUCCCCGGAUGGAAAGGAGCUGCUAUGCUCAUUUCCUGGCAGGUGGGCUGCUUCCUGGUAGGGUGAGUGGGAGAGACAAGGUGGUGGGAAGGUCCGCAAGGUGAAAAUACAUUUUCAGCAGUGGACUAAUUCUAGCAUCUGAGGAACAUACAGGCUUUCCCUCUGCAGACAUCCACACUCAAUGCAUGGAUGUUUGGAGGGGGGGGCAGGGGAGGCAAGGAAACUGUGUGACCUCCUGAGGGUGGAGAGCAGCACAGCCCAUCUUCUCAUUUGAUUGUGUGGACCCCCUACAAGCGGUUGACACAGGAAGGAGGGUUAUAGAUUCUUCUUUCCCUCAUCUAUAUCUGCAUCUAGUUAACAUCCUCAUCUUGGAGGAACCACUUUGGCGGCUGUUGUAUCCCCCCCCCCCUUUCCCUGAGUAAUAUCCUUAAUUAGAUUUUCAUCAGAGUACUUCUUCAUCUUGAAUGAUGUGGGUAAUGCCUGUUUUUACAUUCAUUUUAAAAUUUGCUGGAAAUAUAUGAUUUUAAAUAUAAAAAAUUAAGAGAGAGACCAUUUUAUUAAUAUGUCAAGAAGUAUCAUUGAAAUAUUCCCACUAGGGACAAGUAUUUCCAAAUAAUAUUAGAUUAUUCAGGGACAGAAAUGGAUUCCAACUUACCCUACUGAGAUUUUGUAGCUUCUUUGCAGUUAUAUUAUUUUGCCAUUAAAUGUUAAUUCAGCAGAACCUUUCCAGAUCUUUUUUCAAAAAAAUUCUGAUACAAGCUUAUUGCAAAUCAUAUUUAAUCCAUGGUUUUACAUUUUAUUACUCUGAUUUAAACAAAAGCAGUAAUAAUAAACAGCUUGGAAACUAACAGCAUUAGAGAGCGCUUUAGGAUAUAUUUAUGCUUUUCUCUGAUUUGAAAGUGUCUGUCAUACUUAAAACAAAACAAAAACAGAAUACUGUUGCCUGGAAAGCCAGAAAGCUUUGUUUUGCUUCUCAUGCUUAGGAUGAAUUAGCUUUAACAGUGGAAGUGAUGCAGCAUUUGAUGGGCUCCAAAGAGAUCCUCAAAGUGUGUCUAGCAGCUUGGGCAUACAUACUGAGAUUGCGGGAUGGGGAGGACUUUGAAUAGCACCCCCACUCUUGCCCCACCACAAAUUGCUUUUGCAUUCUGCCUUAGAUUCAAAAGCAGUUUGGCAUGUGGCAUUGGCGGAUGGGGCUACUCUUUGUGAAAUCAAAGUUUAAAGCUGCCUUGUGUUCGUGGAACUACUUGGAGGUUCUUUGGAUCCUGGCUUACCUUUGAGGAAGGGCUGUAGCUCAGCGGUAGAACAUCUGCUUAACAUACCCUCCAAAGUGUCCUGAUUUUCUAGGGUCAGUCCAAGAUUUAUGAAAGCCACCAAAGUCCCUUUUCCCCUCACAAGCACCGCCAUGCUCAAAGAGGAGGGUGAGCUGGUGCUUGUGCCAAGCUACAGCAGCUGUGAGGAAGGACCUCAUUGCCUCUCCAUGGGUGCCGCUGCCAGCCUCCUCCCUUGGGCAGCUCGUAGGGGCUGCUGGAGAGCAAGUGAGGAGGAGAGGCUGUGCCCCGUGUGACAUGCAGACUCUGAGGAGCAGGCAGAGGGCAGGGCUGCUCUGGGCAGGAAGGUGGUGGCAGCACUCAUCUUUCUUCUAACAGGAAAUGCUCUGUGUGGGGGAGACAAAGAAUGGGGGGUUGGAGAGAGUCAGUUGAGGGACAGUGAGAAAUGUCCCUAUUUUCAUCUGAGGAAUGGGGGGGGUAUGGCCUGGCAUGCAAAUGUUCCCCGUUUCAGUCUCCAGGGAGAGUUGGAAAUGCCCCUUGUCUGAAACCCGGGGAAGCAGCUGCCAAUCAGUAAAUAGACAACAAAGAGAAGUCCCAAUGGCCGGUCUUGGUCUUAAGCAGCUUCCUAUGCUUCCAUCAAUGCCCGGAAUCAUCAACAGACAAUGACUGUUUAAACUGCUGGGUUUGGCAAUCAAGAAAUUGUUGUGAUCCUUAAUAAAACUUAAUCCACUGAAGAAAUGAAUUGCAUGGGGUUGGACUAGAUGAUCCUUUGGGUGUUCUCCAACUCUACAAUUCUAGGAUUUUAUGAAAACCCUUGCCUGCAAAACUUUCAUUGAUUUCGGUGAUCGUUUUUCACACAUCAAAUUCCCUGUGCUGCUAAGUAUUUAAACACAUACCUAAAUUUAAACAUGUGCUUAAUCCCACUAAAGUAAUUAAUUGCUCCUUUGCUUAAAGACCUCCUGAACUAAGCCUUUGGGGACACAAUAUUAUUUAUGAGUUCUCUCAUUGGUAGCAUUCAUUAGAGAAAUCACAUCCAGGGUUAUUUCUUUCUUGCUACAUGUCAAAGGAAAUUUCCCUUCAGCUCAGCUUUAUAAAGAGCGUUAAAACAAAGCUUCAAAGCAAGCAUUUGCAUUAAAGUACUCAAUUAUUUAUUUAGAUGUGGUGUGCACAUCUAUCUCUUUUUUUCCCUGAGAACAACAUAAUGUCAAGAGCUAUGGAAAUUAAAAUUACAACCGUACACUUAAACUGAGGCUGUAGACAUAGUGAGCUGGUGAAAAAUUACACAAUUCAUAUUCUUUUCAUCAAGCUGUAUUUAUGAUCAAUUGGAAGGCAUCUUUGGAGACCUGAGUGGUAUGGCUUUUUAGUCUUUUCAUGCCAAAAUAGCCACCCAUCCUCUACCUUUUCCUCCUCCCUCCUCCAGACCAUCUAUUCAUAGACUUUAUGAGCAGUUGGAGACCUUUUGAACUGAAAUCUGAGCUCUGAGGGUUUCUUCAGUUUUGCGUAAUUCUAGCUAUUACCAAAAGUUAAGAGUAAGAGUUGCUUAUCCCAGUGCCAUCCCAAUUCCCCCUGCAAUUUUCUUUCUUUCCUCCAAAAUAAUUUCCCUUUCUGUUUCUUUGAGCCUUAGCGGUUCACAGAGGCAUUAAAGCAGUGGGGAAAUAGCUGGCUCUGUCUUGCGCUGAUCUAUUAGAAUCCAUUCAAAAAAUUCCCAUUUGAGCCCUCGCUAAAACAAUAGAAAGCAAAUCACAAAGAUCAAAAACAGCCUUGCAACAGUGACAAAAGACAGCUGGGUCCAUGCUCCCGUUAUGCUUGUGUGUAUGACAUUUUUACAUGUUACAAAACUAACAAGGUCAACUUUUUGAACCUUAUCACAAGGAUGCACAUUCAUUUGAAUGAAUUAGAAUGGAAAACAAUUAUUCCUUCUUUCGUUUGUUUUUAACCACUUUCAAAAGUGGAAAUUGUUGUGCAUGGAAUAAAUGAGGUAGAACUCUUUGUAUGGGGAAAGCAGGAGGGCUGGCACUGUGAAAUUCAGAAAGCUGGAAUCUCUAUUUAGUACAGGAAAAGAUGCCUGCUUCUUGGGAGAAAAGCAAUGACAAACCUAGACAGCAUCUUAAAAAGCAGAGACAUCACCUUGCCAACAAAGGUCUGUAUAGUUAAAGCUAUGGUUUUCCCAGUAGUGAUGUAUGGAAGUGAGAGCUUGACCAUAAAGAAGGCUGAUCGCCGAAGAAUUGAUGCUUUUGAAUUAUGGUGCUGGAGGAGACUCUUGAGAGUCCCAUGGACUGCAAGAAGAUCAAACCUAUCCAUUCUUAAGGAAAUCAGCCCUGAAUGCUCACUGGAAGGACAGAUUGUGAAGCUGAGGCUCCAAUACUUUGGCCACCUCAUGAGAAGAGAAGACUCCCUGGAAAAGACCCUGAUGUUGGGAAAGAUGGAGGGCACAAGGAGAAGGGGACGACAGAGGACAAGAUGGCUGGAUAGUGUUCUCGAAGCUACCAGCAUGAGUGUGACCAAACUGCGGGAGACAGUGGAAGACAGAAGUGCCUGGCGUGCUCUGGUCCAUGGGGUCACGAAGAGUUGGACACGACUAAACAACUAAACAACAACAACAAAAGCAUUUAGGUUGUGUCUGUACACCUUCCUUAAUUACCUAUAAAAUGGUAUCCCUGUGCCCUAACUAUCUGAAAUCUGGCAGAUCUGGUGUAAGGGGCUUUGUGUGGAAGUACACCUAAAGAUUUCAUUCCAGUAGGAUCAAAAAUUCCACUUAUAAGCAGGAUAAAUGCAGCUGGGUUCUCCUAUUGCAAGUAACUGAAUGUCAUAAGAACAGACCCCUUUAAAUUGCCUAUAAAAUGUAUGACCCUUGUCUUACCUAUCUGAAAGUUGGCAGGUCUGAUGGCCUGGGGAAAGUCAGUGCAUGCUAUUUGGAUGGAAUGUGCCAACAUUACAUGCAGCAGUAGACCAAUGGGGUUUUCCAUAUAUAUAUAUCAAUAGGAAAAUGAAUGAACUAGUAAAAUAAAGCUAUUUAAAUGAGUGGGAAAUGAAAUAACAACAAACUGGAUAGGGAAACAAAGACACACCACUACUUACAGCAUCGCCAUUAUGAGGCCCCACCAUAUCAUGAGAACUGUUCUUCUACGCUGUAUAAACAGGGGAAACAAAGAAACAAACACAGAUGGGCCAGUUCUCCUCUUUUUGUAUAGAAGCAAGGUUAUGAAGGGUCCCUUCAUGCCAAAUGUGCAGCAAUGAGCGGUGCCAGCCUCAGUGUCAAUUUCCAGUGAGAUCUCCUGAAAUCUCAAGAGAUCUUACCAGAAAUCGGCUGGUGUUGCUUCACUCCACCUCCAAGAGGGCCAGCACUGCUGCUAGAUGGGAGGGGGGGAGCAGAGAGGAGCAAGAGGGAAGCAAACGAAUUGCUGGCUAGACUUGGCAAAGGGGCUUGUGGCCUUAAUAACUGAAAAUCAUGCAACAAAGUAGAGCCAAACAAUGCCCUAGUCACCACUGACUGAAACGCAUCAACCAUGGCAUCCAGGUCAUUACAAAUGUGAGCAAUUUUAUGCUUCAAGUACCUAGCAAACAUGGCACAGUGUGAUACCAAGGAUAUCUUUGCUCAGGUUUGGCUGGUAUGCCCAAAGUAUACAUUAGUCAAAACUUCAUAUAAAAACAAAUAUAUUAGGAGAAAUAAUAUCACAUCAAAUUCCCAUGUCACAAUCUACCAUUAUCUGAGUAAAUAUGGUGGUGAAUCUACCCAGCAGUGUUGCCAAUGUCAUUUGGUUCUACAGAUAUACCCUACUUUUUUUUUAAAAGAUACAGUAGAGUCCAAAAUAUCAUUUAAUCUUCUCAUGCAUACUGAUCUAGGAUACUUUUUUCUAAUAUAGAUUCUUCUUCCCCUCCCUCAGAGGGUGAGGGGGAAAGCCUUGGAUCAGAGUUUCACAAAGAAAUAGCACUUAUUUAUAUACAUCAGAAACAUAUAUCUGCUUUGAACUAGAUAAUCAGUAUUUCCCUCCCAUGAUCUUCCCCAUGGAGAUAAAAAAAAAUACCAUUUUAGGAAAUAUGGCUUUAUUUUCUGCUAAAACUAGAUCAAAAUGUUUCAUAGAUAAAAAUAACAUUUCUUGGGGCUUUCUGUUUUGCGCCUUUGUUGCCAGAUGCUGCAUAAAGAAUUAAUAGAAAACCUGUCUAAAAGAAGUUUUCAGAAGUUUUCGUGGAGUGGGCUUUUUUCUUCUCUGAACAAUUUAUGAUUUAUUUAUUUUUCUUUUUUGGGGUGGGGGAAACCACCAACAUUUUCCUGCUGUAGGAUCCAUCUAAUGAAGUCAAAACACUGUUUUCAGAACUCUCAUUUCAGAAAAACUUAUGAGGAAGAAACAUAUGCUCUCAUCAGGCUCCCUGAAGCUUUCCUUCCUGUGUGGAAAGAUUUCUUCAUUUCCAAAGUAAAAUGGGGAAGGAUGAAACAGGGCCUAGCACUGGGAUUGCGCUAAGAAACAAAACAGAAGAAACAGCGUAACAAAAGUUACCUGUAGUUUUUUCCCUUCAAGAAGUAACUCACAGCCAUAUUGCCAUCACAUUUUUCCCUAACUGUAGUUUCCAGACUAUCUUCAAGGGCAGCCCUAUGUAGAACACAUUUGUUGUUGUUGUUGUUGUUUAGUCGUUUAGUCGUGUCCGACUCUUCGUGACCCCAUGGACCAGAGCAUGCCAGGCACUUCUGUCUUCCACUACCUUCCGCAGUUUAGUCAAACUCACACUGGUAGCUUCGAGAACACUAUCCAACCAUCUUGUCCUCUGUUGUCCCCUUCUCCUUGUGCCCUCCAUCUAUCCCAACAUCAGGGUCUUUUCCAGGGAUUCUUCUCUUCUCAUGAGGUGGCCAAAGUAUUGGAGCCUCAGCUUCACAAUCUGUCCUUCCAGUGAGCACUCAGGGCUGAUUUCCUUGUAGAACACAUUACAAUAGACUAAUUGAGAGGUUACCAGCACAAGUAUUAUUGUAGCUAAGCCAGGAGUAGACUUUGGUCUUUCAAAUUUCAGCGGUGCCCUUUGCAAGACCAGAAUUUGGCACUUCUGCCUCUUGCCUUCCAUUCUGCUCAAUUCGUUAUAUCAUAGUUGUGACGUUCUGCAACACCCCCAGAUAUGAAGCUCACUGUGUGACCUUGGGUCACCCACAAACCGAAACUUCCUUGCAGAGGUGUUGUGAGCCUAACUUGGUUCCUUGCUUCUCUCUAGAACAGAGCUCCUUGGGUGAAUAAUGAUUUAUAAGUGCAAUUAAUCAAUUAAGUGUUUGAGUGUGCAUGUGCAUAAAUGUAUAUUUUGCAGGAAUUAAUCUUCUCAUUGAAAAAACUAAAAGAGAGAGAGCUGGAAUUGUGAGAGGACUAACAGUCAACUAUGAGGUGCAAUUACAUUUUUGUCAGUGGUCAUCAGGCUUUCUUUGUGCAAACUGGAGAUGGUCAGAAGAGACCCACAUCUCUAAUGUUUUCUUUUGAAGCAUCCAAAUUAUAUGGACAAUGCCAAUUUAUUAAUUUUUUUGGGGGGAAGGUAGUAAUUAUUGACACUUAACAACAAAAAAUUAGUUCUGUCCAAAGAGGUUCUGUGCAUUGCUUUGAGGGAGCAGGGCAGAGUCUGUGGAUAGCAAAGAGGUUGUGCACAUUCAUGCAUAUAAUAGAUCCAGGAGAGUAUCAGUGUUUUAUUUUCCCCAGAAAAGGUUUUACGAAAAAUCAUGUUUUCCCCCAGUCGAUGAGACGACAAAAUAAAAUUAAGAAAACUUUGUUCUCAAAAUCAGUGCCUGGGGCUGAAUUUCUGUGCUAUAGAAGGUUGUAGGAGAUCAAGACAUUGAAAAGAAAUUGCUUUUUUUCACCUGCAGACGCUGGUAAAAUCUACGGCAAAAACUGCUUUUAUAGUUAACCUGUAAUUACUUCCAAACAGUAACACAGACCUGAGUAAGUGCUCCGGUUCAAAUCACCCAGACAAAGCCCUCCAGCAAUUGCUGGCAAGGCUCUGCGCUUCCUUUUCACAGAUUAUUUGGGCCCAUUUCUUAAGCGGUCCUUCAGACCAAGGCUGAUACCAGGUUUAAGGAGAUAUAAGGGCAUGUGCCGUCCGGUGCGCACCACACAUCACCCUUGUGCCCUUCCAAACUUGCUUUAGAAGAAGAUGAAUGUCGACAGGUGGAGGUGGCAGAAACAGGGACAGGUGGCAAUGCUGGAAUCAGUGCAGCUCCAGCCUUGCAGUGCUCCCUCAGCAGUGAAAAGAAGCACCAGCUGCUGUCAUCUUCAUCAACCCCAGUGCCCCUGGACUCUGCCCUAAUGUAGAGUACAUUGAGGGCAGAGCCUCAAGGUAUUGGGGAUAAUGAUGACAGCAGCUGCAGCCAUCUGUCCCGGCGUGUCUCAUCAUAGUUCUUAGGCAAUUGAAUGAUAAUAAUUAAGGGGUGGUGUCAGUGACAAUAGGCCAAUCCAGGUCCUAGGGGUCCCAACAUUUGCCCCACAAUGCCAGGUACUGAUGCCAAGCCUGCAUCAGACAUGCAUCUACCAUUACAUCAGUGGGCAUGAUGAGAUUGUGCUUAUGGGUGGGCUUUGGACAUAUGCUGUGAAGUAUAGGCACAGCUAGGAUGGAGUUGAAUCCUCAGAGGUUCUUCUGAUGACCCUACAUCAGUUAUCUAAGUGUCGGCUCCACCACUGCCUGCAUCAGCUGCCCCAUAGAAUCAUAGAAUCAUAGAGUUGGAAGAGACCACAAGGGCCAUCGAGUCCAACCCCCUGCCAAGCAGGAAACACCAUCAGAGCACUCCUGACAUAUGGUUGUCAAGCCUCUGCUUAAAGACCUCCAAAGAAGGAGACUCCACCACACUCCUUGGCAGCAAAUUCCACUGUCGAACAGCUCUUACUGUCAGGAAGUUCUUCCUAAUGUUUAGGUGGAAUCUUCUUUCUUGUAGUUUGGAUCCAUUGCUCCGUGUCCGCUUCUCUGGAGCAGCAGAAAACAACCUUUCUCCCUCCUCUAUGUGACAUCCUUUUAUAUAUUUGAACAUGGCUAUCAUAUCACCCCUUAACCUCCUCUUCUCCAGGCUAAACAUGCCCAGCCCCAAUGUCUGGCACUUUUCCUGCAGAGGGGAGGAGAAAGGAUUAGCUCUUCGUUUCUCCUCAGGCUACUUCUUCCUAGUGUCAAUCAAGCAGGGAGGACAACUUUCUUAUCGGCUCUCACCCCCAUUUUAAAAAAAAUGAAAUCCUAAGCAGGCUUACAAGUAAAUACCACAAAAUAAUACAUGCAAGGUAGUCAACUUCUGAGCAGGCUUAAUCUGCUUUGGCCUCCUUUUUUAGUUAUGUAUCUGUUCUUAAAGUUUCUCAAGGGAAUAUGAAUCUUGAUGAAUUUUGUCGUGGUGUGACAGAUCCCUCAUUAAGUUUUUUUUAAAAUGGUUAAAAAAAUUAAAACAAUAUUUAAGGGUUGUUGGAGUUUUUUGCCUUGGGGCACAGUAAAAGGAAAGCUAAUGGGGUCCUUUUUGUCUUUGUUUUUAAUUAGGAAAUAUUGAUCGUGGGAGAUUUGAGGGGAAAAGGUGCAGCAACCUAUGAAUUUUAGGAAACUGCUAUUCCCAGGGCUUGGGCCUGGAAUCUUGUAAGUAUUUAGCUGGAAAGUUUUGUAAGUGUGCACAGUUCCUGUGAUUUCCAGUAACAUGCUAAAAGUAACAAAGCAGCAGUGCCAUUUCAGUGGGGGUGGGGUCACCUGUACAGGCUCCCUUCUUUCAGUGAUGAUUUGAAUUGUAGCUAAGAUUUGAGGUCAGGGGGUCCACACAGAGUGUCCCCCAUGGAUACAGCUGUAUAAAAGAAGUCAUGGCUGGCCUGGCUUGACAGGGAUUGCAAUUAAUUUCUGGUGGCAAUUUGUAUGCCUAAACACUCAUAUAGACUUCUCCCACAUUGUCUGGGAAACCAUCGUGGGCACAUAGGAUCAGAUAUUAUUUCCUCCUUUGGCCCUUGUUUUCCACACAGCCGCUGAAAGGGAUUGUAGAAGAAGAUUAAUUGGGCUUGUUCUAGUUUUUAAAAUAAAAACCAGGAAUAUCUUGGUUACAUCUGCCACCAUGACCUUGCAAAAGCUGAGCUAUAGAGGAAACAGCAUCUUGAUACUUAUGGCUGCCAAUGAAGGGGUGAAAAAAAUACAUUAUCAUUAAAGCCGGAAGCAUAUUUGCUAGUAUUUAACAAAUCAUGUGCUUCAUUUAAAUACUGUUGCCAGUAGCCAAAUAUAUUAAAUCCACCUCAUUAGGCAUUAAAUCAAUGGAGUUAAAAAUUAAAUGACAGGGGCUUGUUUUAGUUUAUGUCAAGGUAUAUUUCUACAAGCACAGUUAAGUACCAAAGUCCCCCCAUUUUAGAUCAUUACAGAAAUGACAAGGCGCUUGGGUAGCCUGGAGGAACAAAGCUGAAAUUCCAACUAGGGAUUGGGGAGAAAUUCAAUUCAGUUCACAGUUAAAGAUGAACUUACCUCAUUUUCACUUUCCUAAAUAAUAUACGAAUUAAAAAUGCACCCAGCAUUCAAAUUUCUACAAACUUUACUUGGAUGGGGAACAGUGUUGCAAUGUGUUCAAAAAGGCAUAUACUGGAGCCCAGUGUGCAUAAAAAUGCAUAUAUAAGUGAAAAUAACGUACAAAGUAACAUUAGGAAAAAUUGGUUUGCAAAAUGUGUGAUUAGGGAGAAAUUUGCAUGAAAAUGCUGGUGAAUUCUCAUUAGGACUGAUGUGGAAAUAUGGAGAACUGAACUUAGACUCAGCUAGACUGGUAAAGAAAAGGCAAUUUAUAUGCAUUGUAUGUGUGAUAUAACAUUGUGCCACUGGAUGGCAACAUGGACUCCUGUUUUUCUCUACCUGUUUUCUCCGUUUAAAUUUACAACGCUUUAAACUGAAACGCUUCUUUGAUGUGUCUAGGUCCAGCCUAAGACUCCUCUGAGAGAAAUCAAAAUUGACAGCUUUGCCCAUCACUAGUUCUAUGAGAAAGUUAGCGGAAAUGUCGGGAAGGUGAGGGACAGAAGGGUUGUCUACCCCAAUAAAGGUUCACAAGGAACUCCAUAGAGGGCCCCUUCGUAGGCUUCCCCAGUGGCAUGGGAGCCACUUUCCUGAAGUAAAAUUGCAUACCCCACAAGUAUCCCAGAGAAAUUGGGAUCCUGUUUUCUCCUGUUUUCUCACAUGAGGGCAUGGCGACCAUUUUGGCUGCCACAAUUCACACCAAGAUCUUGCCCUGAAAAGGACACAAUAUAAUGUUGGAAGAUUGGGAAAGGCUGUGGAAGAAAGGGGUUAAGUUUAUUGCAUGUACUGUAUUAAAAGAAAAUAUUAUGAAAAUGAUGUAUAGAUGGUACUUAACCCCGGUGAAAUUAGCAAAGAUCUAUCAUACAAAUGAUAAUGUUGGAAAUGUAAAGAAAAAGAAGGUACCCUUUAUUAUAUGUGGUGGACGUGUCCCAAGGUGAAAGACUUCUGGGAAAAGAUUUAUAAUGAGUUGAAAAAAAUGUUGAAAAAUACACUUGUUAAGAAACCAGAGACCUUUCUACUUGGAAUAUUAGGACUGGAAUUGCCCAAAAAAGAUGUUAGACUGUUUUUGUAUGCCACUAUAGCGGCAAGACUUUUUUUAGCCAAAAACUCGAAAUCGCAAGAAAUACCAACAAUAGAAGAAUGGCAGAUGAAGAUGUUGGACUUUUUGGAGCUGGCUGACCUGACUGGAAGAAUCCACGACCAGAAGGAAGAGGAGACACAAGAGGAUUGGAAGAAAUUUAAAGAAUAUCUAGCUAAAUAUUGUGAUAUAAGAUAAAUAGAAAAUUCGUGGAAGUAAUAUAUAGGCUUAGGGUUAGAAUAAGAAUGUGUGGUAGUAAAUAUUAAGGAUUAGAAUAUUAAUAAAGGAUAAGAGGUUAGUAAAUGAAAGGAGUUAAUAUCAUUAGAAAUAUGAAUGUGGAGAACUGUUAUACAGGUGAUAUAAUGAAAUUCAGUUAGAGGGGAUUCGAGGAAGUCAGUUAUCAAUGUAAUGAGAAUUAGGAAUUUGAAGAAACAAUUUUUCUAUGUGUUUUGUUCAUUGUAUGUAAUGUGUUUUACUUUGUUGUGUGUUUUGUUAUGUCAUAAAAUCAAUAAAAAAAUUGGGGGGGAGAUCUUGCCCUGAAAAAAGUGCUCCCCCCAACAAAAAGUUUUUUUUCAGGGCCACGAUGCAGAACCCCAAAACACAAGUGCACAUUUUGAGCUCCAUGAUCUCCCGUGGGUCUUGUGACUCAUGCAGGUGCACGGGCAGGAAGAUGCAGAUCCCCGUUUGGGGACUCAAGAAGUUGGAGGGUAUGAGAUCUCAUAAUGCUAUGGUGUGUAUGUGUUUGCGCACGCGCGCCAUAUGAACCAUGUGAUCCCCCUCUUCACGCAUUUGCCUGAAUACAUGAGGGUUACAAGUGUGUAGAGGGGCAGGAGAUGCAUGGAGGCCCUGUUCCAAAUGUAUUCAGGCAUGCAGUCUUCUCUCAGACCAUCGUGCUUCUGCAGGAGACUUUGACAUGUGUGUUUCUGAAUGUUUGACUGACGGUGCUUAGAAGCCUCUCUUGUGAUCUGGAAACCCAAUACAGUGGUACCUCAGGUUACAUAGGCUUCAGGUUACAUACUCCGCUAACCCAGAAAUAGUGCUUCAGGUUAAGAACUUUGCUUCAGGUUGAGAACAGAAAUCGUGCUCCGGCGGUGCGGCAGCAGCAGGAGGCCCCAUUAGCUAAAGUGGUGCUUCAGGUUAAGAACAGUUUCAGGUUAAGUACAUACCUCCGGAACGAAUUAAGUACUUAACCCGAGGUACCACUGUAUGCAAAAAACAUCAAACCAGAUUAACGAAAGAAUUAAACCAUAAAAGUAUUAGUAAAAACAGUGGAAAACAACUAAUAAAAACAUUCAAAUAAUAAUUUAAAUCACCAAUGAGCUAAAAACAGAAUGAAAUGCUUGUAAACAUUCCACAAAUCUGGAUAGGCUUGUCUAAACAUAAAUGUUUCUAAGUAGACGCUGAAAGUGGAGGCCCAAUGUCAAGAUCAAAGUUGUGGAGUGGGUUAAGGCGAUCUCACAAGUCAACCGGUCCCACGUUUUUAAGGCCUUUAUUUGCCAAUAGUAAAAUCUUGAGCUUGGCAUGGAAGGGAACAGGUGCCCUUCAAACUUAUGGAGGCAGCUGAAGAGCACUAUUAGGUAUAGUUCCUCUCCUCACCUCGCCUUCACCCUGCCUCAAGGCUAGUUGCUGGCUACGGUAGAAGCAAAAAGCCUUUUGUGUAUCUCAACACCUGAUUAUUUUCUUAACAUCUGUAUCCAUGAAGUCAUUCUUAAAAAGGAAGGCAGUAAAGCAAUACAAUACCAGCGCCUGCAGUUAAUGGGAUUAGUGGCCUAGAGAGCCGCUGCCAGUCAGCACUAGACUAGAUAGCCUGAUAAGGCAGCUUUUUAUAUGUACACCUAUGGAAAUUCAGAGUUCUAUCCUGCUUCUUUUCUACUUAAGGGAUCUAGAGCUGGUACACUCGAAAUACAUACACAUACACUGAAGCAAUGGAGGGAGAAGUGACAAUUUAUAUAGAAGAAAUACCUGCUUGAAAUAAACAGCUUGCUCAGCACAUUGGGGGUUUUGUUCCUCAGAAUAGGGCUCUAGGUUUUUGUUUUUUUCCUUUCGACAAACUAUUGCCACAUUUUGCUGACGCUCGAGGACUUCAGUCCUUGCAGGUCAGUACCACUCAAGAGGGUAUAUAACUAACUCUGAUUGCCUUUGACGUGUUUGGCAUGUCAUCCAUCACUGAGCUUAAAGGGUGCAAUACAACAUAAUACAGGCUUUCAGCCAUCGGUGGAAACAGCAGCAGCAAGGAAAGCAUGCAACAAGCUUUAAAUAUAAAAAUGUAAGUGUAAAAUAUGCCUAACAUCACAUGAAGUAAAAAUGUGAUUAGCAGUCAGACUGGGUGACAUACAAUAAUGUGGAAUAGAAAUCUGCACAUGCAAUUAGAUUUCUAUAACUUCUCUUCCUUCCUGCACCACCAUGUUGCCCCAAAUAUCUGUUCCAGAGGGUCACCCAACCAGUGAUAGGCAAAUCUGUUAAUUUUGGCUUUUCCCUGUAUCUUAAUUUUUCCUCAGCCUUAAAUUCAAUUCUCCCACAUUUUCAUAUCAGUUUGUUCUUCUUUUUAAAAAAUCCUCAUGAAAAUCCAUCAACAUUUUAUUUUUACUGUUAAUUAAUAUGCUGUCUUUAGACUAAGAAAGCUCACAAGGCAUAUCACAAAGAAUAACCCACAGAAACAAAAUUCAAGUGCCAAAAACACAACUUCCAAAAAUCCAAGACAACAAAAUCUUAACAUUUCAAAGGAAGUGCCAAUUCCUCCUAAUAAACAUGUUUGUGUGCAGUUUUGUGAUCUUCACUAAUAUAUGCAUCUCUCUGCACAUUUUGCCCUAGUAUACAGAUUACUUGGCAGGAGAACAGCACUGCAAAAUUCAGAGAAGUGUCUUUCAAAAGAUGGCUGUUAUUUUGGUCUGUGUAUUGUUUUCAGUGCAAACUGAAUCAGAGUUCUCCUCCAUCUCAACCCCUAACCAUACAAAUCAGAUUUUGGGGCUGCACAGGAGGCUGAGUGGGAGGGGAGGAAGGCAAACCCUCGCUGCACAAGUGAACGCCUGCAUGCACUAUGUUGACUCUCACCAAUGGUGUUUUCAUAAUCAAAUGCCAGGUACAGGUGGACUGUUAUCAGUAUUACGGUGCAAUCUCCACAAAAUUCCUACUCCACACAGCUAUUAAGGGGGGAAAGCUUCCUUUGGUGCCAGUGUGGUUUACAACCUCAUGCUAACUGGCACAUAAUGGUUGGGAUUUCCAUGCAGAGGGAAUGCUCAAAACCUCCCUCCUUGUUGUGGCUAUCCUGAUAACCAUCUCCCCCUGUCAACCUGGUACAGUGCUACCUCAGGUUACAUGCGCUUCAGGUUACAGACUCCACUAACCUAGAAAUAGUGCUUCAGGUUAAAAACUUUGCUUCAGGAUGAGAACAGAAAUUGGGCUCCGGCGGCGCAGUGGCAGCAGGAGGCCCCAUUAACUAAAGUGGUGCUUCAGGUUAAGAACAGUUUCAGGUUAAGUACAGACCUCCGGAACGAAUUAAGUACUUAACCUGAGGUACCACUGUAUUUAAUUUUUUAAAAAACAACAACACCCACAUAUGCCGUGAUUGCAAAUCAGAUUGUUAACAUCCUGAUAGGCCUAUAGAUGAGAAUCAAACUUGUGUGGAGCUUUCAAGGCUUGCUUGUGAUUUAACACAGCUAGUAUUCCUACCAUGGAUAGAUGUUCAACAUCUGGGCCUGCACACCAACUCCUUAGCGGAACCUUAUCUAGUUUGGCCCUCAGCCAGCUAUUCUUCCAAGCUCUGCUAUCAUUCUUACAGCACAAUUCUAAGCAGGUUUACUCAAAAGUUAGUCUCUCGAGUAACCAUGUUCCGGAAUUCAGCCUUAUUCUUCUCACACAAGCAGAACAGAACAUAUUAAAGUUCCUUAUUCUGAGUCCUCUAGCCCAAUGCCAUAUAUGCUACCUGCAAGGAUGUCUCCACAGAGUAAGAGAGCCAUCUUAAGCUGCUAUGAAUUCAUUUUUAAAAAACCCCUGGGAUACUGGGAAUUGAAGCAAAGACCUAAUAAGGAGUUUGCAAGGAUUUUCUGCUGAGUUCCCCUCAUAUAUGAAGUCACUUUCAGUCUAUGAUUCAACAGCUCCAAAGGUUAACAAGCUCAAUGUAUGCAUAGAUGGAAGAGACAACACAGGUAGAGAGACAGGAUAAAAAAAAGGUUACCUUUGUAUUUCCUACAUAGAACAAAUGCUAAAUUUCAAUAUUCUUCAAAAGGGCGCAAUUGAAUUGAUCUUACAUCAUUCCCUAAGUGAAAUAAGGCUGAUGGUACCAUAUAGAUAUUUCAACGCAUUAGCAUUUUUGUCGGUUGAUGAGAAAGCGUUUCAUACAAAAACUCAUAUGAUCAGCAAAACAUGAACACUGCUAACUUAUUGCCUGUCUUGAUUUUCAUUUUCUAUUCAAAGCUCUGAAUUAUUAAUCUCCUUCUAAGUCAACUGAUGUAAUUUCUUUUCAGAGGAAAACAAAAUGCUUUGCAGAAAAAAAUCUGAAAGACUUUCAUCAGAGAUCUAAAGCACCAAAUCAGCUAAUCAGUCCCGUUAAGGAGGAGAGAGGGGAAAGGUUAGCAAAGUAACAACACGAUACACCCUUGUCAAAAUCAAGCUGUGGCUCAAAGCAUCUGGAGGGCCAAAGGUUCCCAUCCAUGUAGACAAGCAUUAUGUUUCAAACAAUGGCUGAGCAUGUUAUGGCAUCAAUAUCCCUCACCUGUCUCCAGCAUUUGGUAUUCAGAGGUAACUGUGGUAAGGCCCUUCUCUGAACCCAGAGGUUUCACUGACAAAAACUAUCCUCCACAAAGUUGUCAAAUCCUUUUUUUAAAAGCUGUCUUCAUUAGCCAGUGUCUGGUGAAGAAAUAUCUGAACAUAUGAAGAUAGACCAACAAUCCAUUAAGGACAGUGAGACAGGUUUUACCUUUGCAGAAGCUAUGUUGAUUCUUUUUCAGCAAGACUUAUUUGUCUACCAGCUUAAUAUUUUUCCUUUUAAUAAUGCUUUCUGCUAAAUUACCAGCUCCAGAUUAUUACUUUUUUAAUGUGGUCUGCAUUGGCCGCUUUCCAGUACAGGUACUGAGGCCAGUCUUUAGCACAAGCUUUCACCAAAAUAACAAUUGUAUAUUUGAGUUAAGAACUCUCAACUUCCAUCUUACCUGCUUGCUCCCAGUUGCCUUCUAUUUCUCUUUGCGCCACCAACUCUUUGUUGCUCUGUUGCUACUUGCUUUUCACUGUUCUUCCUCCCUCUUUCUCCACUCCAUACUUCCUGGCCAGUCUCACAUGUGCCAGCUUCUGAGGUCCUCCAACAGCUGUCUGUAAUCACCUCCAAGUGCUGAGAGCCCUUCAUCAGCAAGGAUGAAGAGACAAGCCAUUGCAGUGGCCACAGCUUUGUACUCCAAGUGAGGUCUGCAACAAAAUGUUGCAAUGUGGAGCGCUCUGGGUUUCAGUCAGUAAGCAAUGCUUUCCUUCUUGUGGGUGGAUGUUGAAGUUUCAGGUAAUGAAGGAUGCCCACACUGAGAAUGAGUUUGCUAUUAUAUAGGGUUUCAUAUAACAAUUUGCAAAGAACAGGAGAAAAUAGAAUGGCAUUCUAUAGGAUUUCACACACUGCUUUAGAAGAAAAGAGAAUGUAUUUCUUGUUUACUGCUAAAUGCUAAUUAUUCCAUGGAAAUAACAGCUGUGCCAACAGCCAAAUUGCUUUAAAAAUGCAGGGUUGAGUUCUGCAUUCCAAUUAAUGUUUAGAUUAGACAACAUGUGGGAACUUCCUCUGCAAAAUUAACUUUCACAUAUUAGAAUUAUUUUACCUUCCCCUAAAAUGCUUUGCUUGAGCAGAACUGUCCAAAUGCAAUAUUUAAGCAAUAACUAGUUAUAAACUCACACACAAAGAUGCACAACAUCUUUGGAAAUUUCAUUACCCCUCAGAUUUGCUACAGCCGUUUUGCCUGAGCAGGACCCUAUGAAUGUAGCUUGGAUUUUCCUUUAUAUGAGAAGGGAGGGCAAAUCAAGUUCAUAUGCACUCAUCUGAUUGUAGACUCAGGAAGAGGUACAACAAAACUAGUAAGCAGGUGAAGGACUCCGGCUAGGGUGAUUUAAAACUGUGUUUAGAACUGAAUUGGCGAUUUAUUUUUAGGGAAAUGCUCAUCACUCUGAUGGGUGAGUGUGUGUGGAGAGAGUGACUAUACAUCCAGAAACCCCAAAGGGGUUUGUGUCCUGUGCAAACUGAACUAUUCAGGUCAGGGGUGUAGGAUAGAUUUCCCUGCCAUGCUGCAAAAGUUAUUCCAAGUGCACUUUUGCCCAUAGGAGGCCAUUAACUUAGUUGAGGGGAAUGAAAGAACCACUUUGGGGCGCCAUUAAAACUGGGAGUUCCCUAGAGAACUCAACUUUUGGAAAUCUAGCAGGUGUUUGCCCUGUUGCUCUUUGAGCCACUUUCUAUCUCAAUUAAACUGUUAAUUUUGAAAGAAAAUAGGAGGAAAUGAGAUCACACUGUAAAUUUACAUAACCUCUUACCUUCAUUUGCAGAGUCCCAUCUUGGAGUCUUUUUAUGAUCACGCUAGACUGCAGUAGACUGUUGGGAGGCAGCUUGCAUAUAUCUCUAUCUCUAUCUGUCUAUAAUGUUUAUUCCCCACACUUCCUCUGAGGAGAUCCAGUACAAUAUUCAUACAGUUCAUAGGCAGUCUCCCAUCCAGGCAGAACGGCUUAGCUUCAGCAGCAGCCUUGUGUGUCACCAAACUAUACUCUGCUCUUUUCCUCUCAAUGCACCAUAACCAGAUCCCCAAAUGUCCCAUCCUCACCCAACUAUCUUAGGACAUUAAAAGGUGUUGCCUUUAAUGGAGUAAUGGAAAUGGAGGCAAAUUAUUUCAUCUCACAGGAGGAAAUUAUACAAUUCCAAAAAACAAACAAACGUGAAGUGUGAUUAAAAAAACCACAUGCAGAAUAUGAAGUGUGCCCUUUAAAUACCAAUUCCUAAUUGCAGUGAUGUGAAUAUGAAAAUCAAUGGUGUAUGUUUAUGAAUUAGGCAUUUCAUUAAAAUUGCCUUGAUGUAAAUAGCACAAUCAGGUCUCUUAUCAAGACUGAUCGUCAAUUUCCAUUCUGGUAUUUGUUAAUAAUAACUGACAAAAUACCAGAGACCUUCUACGGCUGUAAGCAUCAUGGUAAUGAUGACUUUUUGGCAGAUACUCAGAUGCUAAACUCCAGAUCGUUGGUGAUAGAUUAAUGUUGGAUGUGACGAGAAUAAAAGGAAGUGAUUUGAUAAGCAGUAGAGAACAUAAUAUGUAUUACAUCCAAUCACAGCUAAGUAUAACUUGCUAUUGAAAAUGCUUUUGCCCUAUCACCCUCCUAGUCAUUCCCUAUCUACAUCAAACUAUUAAUUUAAUAGUAAAUUGUAAAUUGAGGAAGAAUCAAUAUCAUUAUUGUUUGAGUGAGCUAGAAUUGUUGCAGUUUCUGAAAGCUCAGGUAUCAAUAUCCUUAGAUAAGCCAGGAAUUUCAUUUUAUGCAUGUAUGACAUUGGGCAGGAUCUCAAACAUGGGGAGACCCCCACAUGAGGCCCUGAGGUGAUGCAUCACCCCCUGGCUAUGGCUCAAGUGGGGCCAGACCUCACAGCUCUCACCUCAAGUUGGCUGCAAGAUCCCUGAUGCAUGAGCUACACCAUGUUGGUCUUUCCCUCUGGUUAACUCUCAUGGGCAGCAUACCUCAGCAGGAAUGCUUGAAGGGGUUUUCUUCAAACAGAAUUCCGAAGUGGAAAACAGAUCCGUGCCACAUUGCGAAGUAAAUCCCUGUUACCUUGCUGUAAUCAAUAACGCUGUGGCCUUUUCACCCCCCAUGUUCUGGUCUUACUCGGAACCAACCCUUGCCUUCUGGAGCAGCCUAAUGCACCUGCCCCUCAGCGGCUCUGCCAUCUCCUUUGCAUAGGAGAUUUGCCAUUUCAUUUCCCCAGCAGUUGUUCACUAUCAGCAGUACUGGGAUUCCUUCCUAUGUCACCAGCAGCAUCGGAAAUGCUGCAGUCUGGCUUCUUCUUGGGCUGCUUUGGCAAGAUCAGAAGACCAAGCUCUCACGAUGUCAUACACUGGACACAUAUCGUAGCUUUGCCAACAUAUAUUUUAGAUUGCCAAUACUGCAUUUGCUGUAUUCACUGUAACAUCUUAGCAGAAUCCUUUCAGCCACCUGCAAAAGGGCAUUCUUUUAUGCUUUUUGGAGGAUCUGACGUUAUUGAGCUAUUCCCACCAAACCUUUUGCUUUGUCGCAGUGAACCAGGAAGCACUGAGCGUUCUAUUGAUUAA